GAGGCCAUGUGACUGGCAGUGCUGCAAACAGUACGCUCGCGUGCUUUGCAUACUUUGGUUUCGUUUUUUUCACUCCGCUCCUGGUUGCCAGUUGCACAGUUGCACGGCUGCAGUUCGCCCCACACGCCAUUUCACAAUCAGCCGGGCAGCAAACUGCCGCUCGUCGCGUAAUUUGCCCGCCAUUUUGCACCUUUGCGCGUUUCCGGUUCGUGACCUCGCUUCCGGUGACCGUUUUCGCGCCCGUUUUUCGACCAGUCAUUGUCCUGGCGCCAAAAAAAAAAAAAAAAAUAGCAAACGCAGGCUGCGGCCGGAGACCACGGAUCUGAUGCCGUAAAUCAAACGACCGGCAAUUGUGCGUGUGUGAUCGGUCAGUGAAUUCAAAUGAUAGAGUUUUUGAACAGAAUUUUAUACCAAAACAAAGCCAAGAGACGUAAUGACUAGUUUUCCCUCCGUGUAGCAUUUGUGCUGCGGUCGAGUCCCCAACAAGUGGGCGGCAUUUUGGAUUAUGUCUCUGCGGGCACGGGGCAGUCGGCCAAUUCCGGGCAAAUGAAGUGCCGCAGCAUUUGAUUAAAUAGCGAGCGACUCCUGAACCGCUUAAGUCGCGAGUGAUUGUGAACGUGAGUGAGAGUGCUUGCAUGUCCUGAGAGUUCCGUUCCGAGCAGGACAUUACGGGGCUCACCUAUUGAUUACGGCUCACAAUAGUACUAUGAAGGCAACCUCCAGCAGCAGCUGCAGCAGUGCCGCCAGCAGCUGCAAUCAACCGGAGCCGCUGGCGACUGCCGUUGCCAUAUUGGCAUCCAGUGGUGCUAGUGGAGCUAUCAGUGGUGCCAGUGGGGCCAGCACCUCGACGAAGCCGCACCGCCUGACCAAGGUGUCCUUCGCACCGCUGGACCUGCCAUUUCCCAGUGGGGCCACGUGAUACGCGAAUGCGAAUGCGAGUGCCAGCACCACCAUGCCGCACCACAACAUCGUCUGCGAGUGGCUGCGCACCAUCGGACUGGCGCACUACGGCGAGAGUUUCCUGGAGAAUGGCUACGAUGAGCUGGAGAUCUGCAAGCAGAUCGGCGAGAUCGACCUGGACGCCAUCGGUGUGGACAACCCCUCGCAUCGGGGCAAGCUCCUCAAGAGUGUGCGCAUGCUGCGCGAGAAGGGCGCCGCCAUCGUCUACGUCCUUAUCAACGACCCCAAGGCCCUGAGCAGCAGCAACGAGAUCCUGGCCUCCGACUGUGAUACGCCGGUGACCAUGAAGGAGCUGGAGGCGGUCAUGAAGCGCCACCUCGAGGCGGACGGCAUCCGGCUCACCGCCCACCCGUACUCCACGCCGGAGGGCAAGCGAGGCUACCUGGAGGGAUUGGCCGCCCACUACAGCAAGCAGAUCAACAUGCCGUACGAGGACGUGCUGGACGCCAUCGAGCAGGUGCGCCUGUCCAAGUGGAAGGAGCGCCACGUGCGCAUCUCCACGGGCCACACCCUGUCCCGCCGGAUGGCCGGGCCCAGCUGCAGCGGAACGGGCCUGGUCAGCUCCUCGGUGAUGCCCACCAGCCACAGCCAGCCGCUGUAUGUGCCCGGCAAGUACUUGCCCUCCAGCUGCCUGUCAAAUCGCGAGGAGAACGAGAUCUACAGCUACACGCAGAACGAUUUGGCCAAUCGCAUGGCCCGCAAUGCCAUCGACUCCAAGUCGGCUCUGAAUCUAAACGGGAUGCAGCAAAGCUAUCCUGGAGCGAGGAACAAUUUCUUUUACGACUUUUCGGCAACAGAGGGUCGGAAUAAGCACAAGCAGCGGAGAACGGUCUUCGCCAGGUUUUUGCAGGGCCUCCGGCAGAGUGGAGAUGAGCUGAACGCCACGGAGGGCAUGCAGUUGAAGACAAACGAGCGCCUGAGAAAUUGCAGCACAAUGAAGCGACCAGAGCCGCAUCAGGACUUUGAAAAGACCAUACAGAGACUAAAGACACAGAAGGCGGCCCAAAAGAAGCCAGCCAGUGCCCCCUUGGAAAUGGCCUUGCACGAAAGGAACAAAGAGGUGGCCCACACCCUUGUGAACGAGAUGCCGCUCAAUAACUACACGAAGCAUCCCUAGGAUUCGGCCCUAGGCAGCGCAGCUGCUUAGAUCCUUCAUCCAGGAUAACCAGCAAACACAAAGAACACACUCUCACUUACAUAAAUUGUUGAAUCAAUCAUUAUUCUCAAUCAGGUGAUACACAAUCUUAAGAACGACAGGAUCAUAAUCUAAAGGAUGAGGCUAAUAAAUAGGAAAUGAAUUAUAUCAGGCCAACGAAACAAUAGCAGUGCACUCAUAACUUACAAAUAGGAAGACAAUUAGCCAUAGGGAUAAUAUUUACAAGCGUUGAGUUUAACUUACCUAUAGGACUAAUUGACAGACCCAACCUGAUCAGCACCCGAACCCACUGUAUAGACACCUGUCCAUUAAUGAACAGUAAGCCUAGUUUAAGCAGCGCUUCACCUCUCCUUUGACCCGCUACUACUUAUAUAUACUACACAGAGAAAAAUACUAUACUACCAAACAAAAAAAAAGUCACUCCAAACUGUAUAUUGCUGAUAAAAUGGUCAAAUUUAAAUUUGAAUAUUGUUUUUAAUAUGCAGAAUAUGAUAAAUAUUUAUAUAUUUUUUUUGGAAGUGCACACCUUAUCUUAAUAUUUAUAAAGCACUUACAUUUAUUAACGGUCAUUUUCAAACAUUAAAAAAGGUUUUAAAUUAUUUUAGAGUCUUUGUGUGCACUUUUAAUAUUGACAAAGACGUCAUCAUUUUA